AUGUUCGCCAAGGCCAAGGGAAUCCUCGAUAAAAGCUCAUCCAUCCGCAAUGAAGUCAACCAAGGCAAUUACAAUGGCGCCAAAGACAUCGUGACCAAAGGUCAAACUACCAAGGAAUCGACCAGCCAGGGAGACAAGGCCAAUGAGCCCGUCGAUAGAAACUCAUCCACCCGCGAUGAAGCCAACCGUGGGAAUUCCAACGGCGCCAAAGAAACUAGCACCCAAGGGCAAACCACUAAAGAAUCGACCAGCCGAGGAGCUGUGGGAGGAGCUGCCGGAGGAGCUGUUGGGGGAGUCGCCGGCGGAGCAUCAGGCAGCGCUGCUGGAAUGAACAAAGACCUUAACAAGGAGAAUGUUCAGGAGACCGGAAGGCAAAUCAGCCAAGGAGGGAUUGGCCAAGACAACACUGGGACCUCCUCUACUAGCCAUACGAAGGUGGAGCAAAGAGACAUGGGCACCGAGAAGCGAGAAGCUAGCCAGAAACAGCAACACAGCACCGAGGCAAACCAAGUCACUGGCUCUCAACAGUAUGACCGCAGAGGCAGUGUGCUCGCCGGAGAGCUUGCACCCAACUAUGACAUCCGCAAGGGCCCCAUCACCACGCCUGGCACUUUCCAGGAAAAGAACUUCCACACUCCGGGCGGCAAGCCGAUUCUCGUUCAGAGAGAAACCAACAGCAAAACACUACCCCGCGGAGAAAAUACGGACAAUUCUCCUCAGGUUGCCGUCGCGGGAGCAGGAAGCGGCAACCAGGCCAGCUUAAGCCAAGAAAAGACUGGAAACCCCGCCGCCGGAGGAGACUAUAGCAAGGAAUCUCUUGAAAAUGAGAUCCAUGACUAUGAGAACAUCAGCCCGGACGUCUUUAGCGAUGGGACCACCAGCAAAGGCCUGUCCAAGAAGGCUGCUGAUCAAGAUGUUGGAAAAUACCACAUUGACAGAAAGCAGCUUGACAAGCAGGGCUCUCAGCCUUCCCAGAAAGCAGGGACAAGCGAAGCUACUGCUGCUGCUGCUGCCGCCACCGCUGCCGCCGCCGGCGGCUAUGGCAUGAGUAAAGGAGCUGACAACCAGACCUCUACCACCAGAAAGCAGAGAAAGAGGCAUUCCGUCUCUGGCUCGAACGCAACCAGAGCCCAAGAUACGACUUCCACAAGCCAGAAGAGCCACGGUGCUUCUACCGUGGGACAAGGGGUAGGCGCCUCAAGCCCGGCGAACCGCGGGGGCUAUACCUAUGCCCGCGCGGUGUCCGAUCAUGGCUACACUCCCAAAACACCGACAAACACAGCCUAUUCUACCACCAGUGGAUCCAACCAAACCAGUGGUCUACGUUCUACAACUACUGGCCAGACAAACAGCGCCUUAUUCAACAACGGCGCCACUGCAUCGAACAAAGCAGCGGAGUCAACCAAGGAAGCAUUGUUGGCGGAGCAGGAACUCGACAGGCUGGUGCCUACGAUACCUCUCAGCAAUAACGGCUUCAACACUGGAGUCACCCACGCUAGCUCCGGGAAUGGCAUGACGUCGAAGCGCAUUGUCAGACAGCUGAGUGGAAGUGGCUACAAGGUCACCAUUCUCCAAGAGAAGGUUCAGGCCGUGUCCCAGAAGUGCAAGGCUCAGCUGGGCCUGUCUUCCACUCAGAUCAGCAAGCGCAGCCCUAACGUGGAUGCUUUCUUCGAUGCCAUCGCAGCCGAACGUCUCCGCUGGAUGCCGCAAGAUGGCAGCAGACUCGAUUGCAGCCUCAGAUGGGCGUCCAGACUGGCGUAUGCAGUCGACGCUCUUCGGGAGUCUGUCGGAGUCUUCGCGCCUGCUGCCAAUGAGGCGGCAUCGCUCAUCUGGGGAUUCUCUGUUCUCCUUUUGGAGUCCGAUAUGGACAACACGGAUGUCUUCGAGAGCGUCUUUGGCCGGUAUGGCCGGGUCGCCGUCGGCAUCUACUUGCUUCUGCAGUAUGAGACCGCGUACAAGUCCUCUCCUGAGCUCCAGCCAUAUGUUGCGGCGGUCUUCGCAGAUUUGCUUGAGAUGGUCAGUAGCACAGCCAUAAGCUGUGUCGAGGGAUUCAAGAGCAAAGAGUCCGAUCAAGUCAUCGGACGCAAUGUUGAUGCCGCUUUCGUGACGUACGCCAAACGCUUUUCCACCCACUGGAACUGUGUUGUCGAUGCCCACACUGCGAAGCUUGUGCAGGAUAGCCCCCUGAUCUACUCAUCGCCUGAGUUGGGUAGUUUGCGUCAAUUCCUGGGAGUGCAGGACCGCCCUCUUCAGUUUAUCCUCGACUCUCGCGCCCACUCGCUUGCCGAGGGAUCGUUUGAGUGGUUCAACAACACACUCUACGAUUUCAGUGUCGCAAGCUCCCCUGUCAUGCUAGUUUCUGGUGGUCCUGGCUCGGGAAAGAGUGCACUGGCCCAAUGGGCGGUCGAAAGACUACAGGAGUCGGCUGAACACGAUAGCUGGAAUGUUAUCCCGUACACCAUUCGUGCUGAUAUUCCCGUCGCUACUUUGCCUCUGCGCAUCCUGAAGGGUGUCCUUCACCAGAUGUUGGAUCAUUCUGUCAGUGACAAGCAGGCCCAGGAGGCUAUCCUGGUUGAAGUGGCCAGGGCAGCCCAAGGCGCGAUCGAUGGUGCUGGGGAUGACGCGGUUGAAGCAAGCCUUUGGAGGGGUAUUCGUGCUGGUCUUGCUACGAACAUUCAGUACAUGUUUGUGGUUGAUGGCAUCGACCAAAUCAGGGGCGGUCACGCCAAUGCCGUUGCCUAUCUUGAUCGCUUCUGUGAGAUUCUCUCCGAACAGAAUGCUGGAUCUAAGAUGAUCGCUUUCACUCGGCCCCUGACUUCGAAGGUCAGCUCCAAAGGCGUUCACCAGCUUACCCUGCAGACCUCCCAGACCAAGACCGAUCUCGUAGCGUAUGUCAACAAGAUGCUUGCAUCUAGCGCCAACUUUGACACCCACAAGGGCAACCAGCUUCAAGCUGCUGUGUCUGCCAUUGUAGCCCGCUCCCAGGGCUCUUUCAGUUGGGCUGAAAUGGCAGUUGCACACGCUAAACAGCAAAAGACCUUGAGCCAGGCUGUUGCGUCCAUUCAGGCCCUGCCGCAGUCGAUGUCAGAGCUUAUUGACUUCCACUCCAAGAGCCUGGACUUCAGCCAGCAGGGUACUGUUAAUGUCGUUUCCUGGCUCGUAGCAGCCGAGAGACCCCUGCUGGUCGAGGAGAUUGAACAUUUGCUGAAUGUGGACCCCAAGGGCCCCAGCUACUCCUCCAACCAAUCCACUAGUAGCUACGACAUCUUGAAUGCUCUGAGCCCGCUGGUCAUGACCCGUGAUGGCGUGGUCUCUUUCGCUCACACCUGCAUUCGUGACCAUGUUAUUAAACAGGCCAAGUCACCCGGUGGACAGUCCAAGCUCAAUAUCAGAGAUGCACACUACGACUUGCUCACCAGGUGUCUUUCCUCUGUGCAUUUGAACGUGCGUGAGGAGGUUGAUAUUUCCAUGGAUAGGCUGGGCAUCGAGGAGCGCAACCAUCUCUUCGACAAGUAUGUCGUCUUAGAGUACACCGCACGCUACUGGCUGUCGCAUCUUCUCUCGUCUCCACUGGUCACCGAUGACGAAGAGUUCCAAUUCAACUCAAGCUUCGAGAAGAUAAUGCCUGCCACCGUCCUCUUCGCACGCCUCGAGUUGACUUGCCGCGAGUCCCAGUUCACUCGGUCUAGUGUCGUCGAGCUCUACAGACUUGCAAGUGACAUUCGCCGAUUAGUCCUCGGCGAGAAAUCCAUCGCUCUGCUGCAAAGCUUGGUCCUCAGCGCACGCGUGUCCAAGUUGGCGCAUGCUAGCCACGCCGAUGAGACCUGCUACGAAGCGUGGAAGCUAAGCCAGGAGCUUCUUGGCCAGUCACACCCGGUUACCCUGUCAUGCUCCGAGAUGAUGAUCCAGUCAUUCUCCGAGCGAGGCACAAUCACCUCGCAGCAGGAAGACAUCAUGAAGUACUUGAUCUUGACCGACUCCGAGAUCACCGGGGUGGAGUUCAACCAACGCCUGAAGUACCUUGAAAUGAUUGUCAGCAUGUACAAGUCUCGCAACGACAACCAGUCCGCGUUGUUUAUCUCGAAGCACUUCUACCAGCAAAUUCUUCAAAAAUACGGCACCAAUUCGCGCCAGUCAUCCGAGACCGCCGACUUCUUGACCAGUCAUUUCUCCACAACUGGAACCGACGAGAUGAGCCGCGAUAUUGCCAGAACCAAGUAUGACAAUAUGGUGCGCACUAUGGAAGUCACCGACGAGCGCCGAAUUUCCUACACUCUGUACAUGGCUAAGAUGUACGAGGAUCAGGGUGAUUUGGCUCACGCCCAGGCAGUUCUGUCAAGCCUCUGGGCUGGUCUCAACUCGCGCGAUAUUGACUCGGUUGAUAUGAUGGACAAGAAGGCUAAUGUCGCCCUUGUGUACUACCAGUUCCUCCGCCGUCAGGGCCGAAAUGAUGAAUCUGAGGUCAUCAUCCGGGAACUGGUUGCAGACCUCGAGGUUACUGGUAUUCACUCUGAGGAGAUGAUGCAGCGCGUGCACCUUCUCCGCGCUGAGACUCGGGAGAUGCUUAUGUACAACCUCGAUCGCUCCUUGGCAAUUCUCAUGUGGCGCUACUACAAGGAGACCCACCAAGAGUACUCGGAGGACUCAACCGCUCUGGCACUCUCAAUUGCCCAGAGUAUGGCUAAUGCAGUCUCUAUUGAGAGUGCGUCCUUGCUGUCUUCUCGGGACCGCAAGCUGCUGAUUGAGCUGCUGGACGUUAUCUCGGCCAGUCCCGAGAAUAUGACUGUUACCACCUUGAUCUUGUGCCACAACCUUGCCAGUAUCUACGUGCGUGAGGGAGAGUGGAUCCAAGCCAGUGAAUGCGCGAUGGCAGUUCUGCAGCAUAUCUGGCCCGCCGUCGAACAAGCCAAAUCUCACCAGAAGUUCUCGCCCGAGCUGGCACCCCCGGCGGCAGACUUAGCUUUGGUGUUGGCCUACUGCCACUUCCGCAGACUGCAUCUGGAGCAGGCUACAACUGUUUAUGAGAAUGCUUUCGGUUCUUUGAUCUCCUCUGCUGGUGUCCCUGUGCCGUCCGUGAUGGCCGUUGCCAAGGCCGUUGUCGAGUUCCACGAGACAACCUACCAGUUCAUCAAUGCGCUGACGUUGCUGCAUACCAUGAGCAACUUCUUGGCGGCUCGUCUCGGAGAGAAGCACGAACAUACAAUUGAGAAUAUGUAUUCCGAGGCUGCUUUGGCAACUCGUCUGGAGAAGAACAGCGAGGCUAAGAGCAUCUACCAGCGCAUCUUCAACGCUACUUCCCAUCAAGACACGAUUUCCCCAGAGGGCAUGGACGCUGCAAUUGCCCUCAUCAACCUCUACGAGAAGGAGAUGCAGUGGGAUUCUGCUUUGCAUGUGUACCGAUCUCUCUGGCCGACUCUGGUUGUUGAAGACAACAAGGUAGAUACCUAUGAUCAUGAUCUGGUGGACCGGAUGCUGGAGAAGACUUAUCUGGGCUACAUGUCUAUUCUGACUACCCACAAGAGGUCCGACUUCUCUGAGCGAUACCGCGUUGCCUCUGAGUAUGUCAUGACCUGCCGUCACUUGCACGGCGCAACAAGUGGGAAGACGCUCAAUGCUACCUUGCUCUUUGCCGAGCUAUGCGAGUCCAAUGAUGCACACGUCGACCAAGCCAUCUCGCUGUACAAGUUGCCUCUGGAAACCAGCGAGUGGGUGGCUCCUUCUCAGUCGUCGAAGGGUCUCGACCAGAUGACUACACCGCUGCCUAUCACCCUCAAGCACAAGUUGGCACAGCUGUUUGUGCGCAAGCAUGACUCGACUAUGGAAGCCCGUUCUCUCUACACUGAAGAGUUCCAGCUCGCCAAGAAGAACCAGGGCUACUUCUCCACCACGACUCUUUCCUGGCUCCGUGAACUUGCUCUCGCCCAUUCGCGACAGGGAACGUCUACUUCCGUUCAGCAGGGCAACGCCAUUCUCCAUGCCUACUCUACUGAUGUGUUGCAUGCUGGCGGUGACACCGAGACAAUCGGUGACUGGGCUCGCCGGAUCGCAAGUAUCUACCUUGAGUGCGGUUUCAUCGAAGGCGGCAACAAUCUCCUUGACGAACUCCGCCACCGCGUGGUGUACGGCUCCGAAUCUUCGGCGGUUGAUCUGAGCGAUCGUCGCGACGCCGUGUUUGUCGCUGCGUUCGAGGAAGUCUUCGGCAGACGUGCCAGCUACGACCAGAUCAUGGCCGAGAUGGCUCGUGAGAUGAGGACUUCUCAGGCCUUCUCCAAGAGCCUCUCUAGCCACGACUUCAUCCCCACUCUGAUCACUGGUCACAAGCUCUACAAUCUCCAGAUUACUCAGAAGCGAGUUCGCGCUGCCAACGACACUAAGGACAAGCUGUACGACUACUUCUGCUCUAACCUGUCCGCUACCGAUGUCGCCGACAAGGAGAUCGUGCAGCAGUUCUACCAGAUCUGUCUGCGCGAGGUUCACAGAGAGAACUACAACAUGAGCAUCCUCACAACAACCACCAACCUCGUCCGUGACCUGUGCAACUCCUCCCGCUUCCAGGAAGCCAGCAUCCUGACAGGCGUUCUGCACUCCUUCCUGCAUCUGACCGACGGUCUCAACAACCAGGAGAGCAUCAACACCGCCACCCAGCUCUGCCUAUACCUGAGCGGCCACAAGGCCAACAAGUGCACGGAUGAAAAGACCUACCAAGCCAUGUCUACCAAGUCCAAGCUACUCCUACAAGAGAUCAUGGCAACCUCGAAGUCCAUGGGUAUCGAGAUGGUCGAUCUACCCUUCAACCACCUCAACGACAUCAUCACCCUCCUAGGCCAGUACGAGAUGUUCGACGAGCUAGAAGCCAUCCUCACGCAACUCUGGACCUCCCGAAUCGUCCAGCGCACCUGGACACCAGACGUGGUGGUAUGGAUCGGACGACGACUAGUAGAAACCCGCUUCUGCCGCGGCAACGUCGACUCCGCCAUCCAGCUCUGCCGCGACAUCUGCUACAACCUGCGCCAGGUGUGGGGCAGCUGCGACCCGGUAACACUGGACAUGACCAAGCUUCUCUCUGCGCUGUUCACAGCCUCCGAGAACUACCAGUCUGCAGCGACUCUGCACGAGGGAAUCCUGUACGACCUGCUCGGCGACUCUGGGGCGGUGGACCAUGCCAAUGGUGCUAAUACCGCGUCGCAGCAUAUGGAGUUGCUGCGCCGUUCCCAAGCACGUCUGGGAGCGGGACAGACUUCUAGCCGGGCUUCGGCGCAUGCGGAGCUCUUCCAGUCUGUGGCGGAUCGCUUCGGUGUGCAGUCUGAGCAGAUUAAGAGUGUUGGGGAGGCGAAUGGUGGUGAGCAAUUCGGUGUUUGGUCGAAGCCGAGACGGUUUAGUAUAGAUGUUGAGGACAUGGAGGAGGAGGGUCAGACGCACCGCAAUCAUCUGCGUGAGUCUAGUGGUGCUGGAUUGGGUGGUACCGGUGGCCAGAGACGUAUCUCGGUACAGGCUCUCUAA